AUGGCCAAGUCGAAGAACCACACGAACCACAACCAGUCGCGGAAGAACCAUCGCAAUGGCAUCAAGCGCGCGCUGCCGAUGUAUCUUCACAACUCGAAGCGUGGCAGCUGGCUGCCGGCUCUCAUCAACGCCCGUCGUGUGCGCAAGAACAACCAGAAGGCUGCCGUGAAGGCCCGCCGUGAGCGUCUUGCUGCACACAACGCCAAGCAGAAUUAG